AUAGAAUCAGUCCAGAGCAUGCUUUGCUGAACACGCGUCGUUUUCUUGAUCACUCGAAAGUGAGGUUACGGUAUUUUUUAUUCUAGAAUUUUGGAAAAGGAACAAUCGUGGCGAAAUUAAUGGAUGUGAUUGUAAUAGGCUGCGGUGCUUCGGGCGUCGCGGCCCUACGUCGCCUGCACGAUGCUGGGCUCAAGGUCUUAGGCCUGGAGGCGGCGGGACGAAUCGGUGGCAGGGUACAUACUGUCCCGUUUGGCGCCAAUGUUGUAGACAUAGGAGGAGCGUGGUGCCACGGAGAAAAAGAUAAUAUAGUGUAUGAAAUUGCGAAUCCACUCAACCUAUUGGGCAGACCAGAGCCAGAAGAGCAUUGGUACUUACUAUCCAACGGAGGUUUUGCACCAGACACAGUGGUCAAAGAUAUGAUCAGUGCGGUGGCGGAGUCUGUUACCGAAGCCAAGAAAGAAGGGACCACUUCGAUAGCCGAAUGUGUUAGUCAAGCAGCAGAAUCAACGGAAAUCCUGAAAAGUUCGGAUUUAACACCUCCACUCAUUGAAUGGUACGCGAGAGCUAACCAUCUCGGGGGUGAAGAAGACCCCAAGAAGGGCAAGUCUUUGAAGGGUUUGGUCGAAAAUUGGGUAUGCGAAGGAGAGCCAAUGCUCAACUGGAAAGGAAGAGGAUACAAGACUAUACUAGACGUAUUACUGAACCGAUAUCCCGAUCCAUCCAAAGAGGUGCCCGUCGAAAUCCUACUGAACAAAGAGGUGGACAGCAUCAGAUGGGGCACGCAUCAGUUCGGGAACGAUUCCAGCAACCCUCUAGUCCACGUAUCUUGCAAAGACGGCAGUUUAUUCAUGGCGAAGAGCGUCAUCAUCACUGUGUCAUUGGGAGUGUUGAAAGAAAGGCACCAGGAGCUGUUCAAGCCACCAUUGCCGACCAACAAAAUCACUGCCAUAAACAACCUUGAGUUAUGUAUCCUUGACAAAAUAUACGUUGAGUUCACUGAAGCAUGGUGGUCCAAAUCUACAGCACAAUUCAAUAUUCUAUGGCGGGACCAAGACAAAGCGAAAUUUUCAGACAUGAAAUGGGUGACAUUAAUAUUUGGCGCCAAUACUGUAGCGAAUCAACCUAAUGUUCUACUGUUCUGGUUGUACGGUGUUGGGGCUAAGGAAAUGGAGCAAGUGAGCCAAGAAGACGUAGAGAAAGGCAUUGGGAUGCUACUCAAACUGUUUAUGGAGAAUUUUGAUGUAACCCCGGUUAAGAAAGUUCUGAGAUCGCAAUGGGCGUCGGAUCCUUUAGUUCGCGGCGCGUAUUCUUACCGCAGCGUAAGCACAGAAAUGAACGGAGGCAGCGCCACAGAUCUGAGCGAGCCCCUGUACCACGACGGCUCGUUCCCUGUCGUCUGCUUCGCGGGAGAAGCGACAUCGCACCACCGACAUAACUCGGUACACGGGGCCGUCGAAGCUGGCUUCAGGGAGGCCGAUAGACUUAUUGAAAGCUUCAAGAAGUUGUAGGAAUGAAAUGAUGGAUUUUACAAUUUUAUAUACAUAGGUAUUAGGUUCGAUUUUCUAGCGAUAUACGUAGGAGGUCCUUCAUCUUGUGAUGUUCUUAGCACCUUUUUAUCUUGAGCUUCCCCUCCAGGUUUCCCUGGUGGUACGUGGUGGGAAGUUCUACCAACUGGCAAAGGUCGUAGAAUUACACAUCGAUCGAGAUUUUGGCAACUAAAUGUUCCUUUCUUUCUUUCUAAGAACCGAAAGACCUUUCGAGUUUUUUACAGUUAAUGAAAGAUAUCUAAUUUAAUGCAUUGAAAAAAAAUCUCUACACAAAUAUCAACACAUGCAUGCGUACUGCAUACAUACAGCUGUCUAAAAAUGCAUUUAAAGAAAUCACAUACGAGUACAUAGCCGAUUCUAAUGCCGUUACCUUAUACAACCUUAUGCAAGGAUAAAUUAUAAAGACCCUCAAAAAAGAUUUUAAUGAACAUAACAAAAUUUCCAUUUUACCUACGACCACUCUCAGUGACAUCAACUAAUUUUAAAGUUUGAUAAAAGUUGAUGCUGCCUCUCUUUGCAAUGGCAGUAAAAUAGAACUGCCGUCACUUUAAAAACUUUGUUAAACAGAAAUAUUUUUUACUUUCUUAUUUAUUUAUGAUUAUUAUGCGUAUUUUUUUUUAGGAUAUUUUAAUUAUGAUCCUUUUAGUAAAAAUCGUUGUUUUACUUAUAUUUGAUUUCCUUCUCCAUCGAAUCAAAACGAGAAUUGUUAACUAUUUUCGUAUAUUGUUGUUAUUUUAUAUCUUUUUUGAUGUAUAAAUAAAACAAUGAGUUUUCUUAAAUGAGUUUUAUUUGCUUCAAUUCGUAAACUCUCAAUCACAGCUUGUAAAAACCCCCACGUGGGAUAUCAAAUACGC